UGCCGGCAGCAGAGCAAUUCGUUGAUGGUCUCGGUCGGACGAGGAUCUCUUUGGAUAACCAUCUGUUGGCAAUGGAGAAGGAAAGCAUCAUGAUCUUUUAUGAAGACAGUUCUGUAGAAGUGCACUAUGUGGACGGAUCUGGAUUGCUUCUUUCUCCUUGCGGUUCCGAGUUUUUAUUUGAGAAGGCUGUCCCUCCUUCUGCCCAUCCAAUGCAGCCAGCUGAAAGGGUUCGCCAGAGGACACAGUUUGCUAUUAGCCUCUACCGGAAACAGCUUCUACAAGCACUGGAUUUCAGGAAUCAAUAUUCUAAUCGCCCUUAUUUACCCUCAAGUAUUAUACCUUCUGAAAGGAAAAAUAUUCUUUUCACAGAUGUCUCUGAAGCCAGGUGGCCUGACCCUGCUGUUGAUAGUGGGUUGAUACGUAGACACAAUGGUGGGGUGAAAGUUUCUUCUACCGAUGGUCAUGCAUGUGUCUUCUUGUCAGAACUCCAGGAAGAAUUUACAGUGGAGUACCUAUGCAGAGUUAGCCAGAAGUUGUCUGCAGCUUUGCCUCUUUUGGACAAUAGCUGUAAAAAAUCAACAAAGGACCAAUGCGCAAGAUCCAGCCUAAAUUCUGUCUCCCAGCUAUCUUCUAAGCCGGCGAGAAUGGAAGAGAAGGACCGUGUACACUGCAGAAAUGCAGAAAAGCAUACGCAAGAGAGCAAAUUUGAGAACUGCUCAAGUCCCACUUGUGAAAAGGAUGAGGUCUCUGGGCCUUUCCAGCACUGUUUGUUUGAAUAUUACCAGGUUACCCAACGCUUUUCUGUGUCCUCCUGUCCAGAAGAAUGGAAAUACCCUUUGUCAUUAGCCUUUAUGUUUUAUCAGCUGCAUGCUGGUAAUGUAGCUGAGCCUGAGGAAGGAAGCAGAGACCAUACAACUGGAGGGCUUGAAAUUUCUCUUGAAAGUGAAAACUUUAGGACCGUCACCUGCUUGCCUUUGGCAUUGCCACUGAGUUGUGAAGCACCGUACUUUCACAACUGGAAUUUCAGCAACUACUUCUCUCAAAGAAAGGAAGAUAUUGGACAUCAUUCAUGUUCCCCACCGACAAAAAUUGUUUGGAGCAAGGGCAUCCUAUACAAAUUUCUCCAUGGUUCUAAAUGUGUGGAAGUUUACCCUGGUGAUGGGUCCGUUUUCAAAUCUGAAGGUUCAUUUUUGGGAAAAUACUUCACUCGUAAUUUUGUUCGGGAGGAAACAAAACAGAGAGAAGAAACAAUGUUUUCUGUAAGCAGUCUGCCACCUGACGUGCCAGGGACUCCCUACUCCGUGUGUGGAAUUAUUACUCAAGCACUAAGAGUUCUUCAACAUAAUCUUGAGGCCCUGCUUUCAUUAACCCCCAGUAACAGCUUCUGCUGUUGGAAGGUGUCCUCUGAGGCAGGUAGAAGAGAAAUACUACCAGUCCUUCUGGCUGAAAAGAUUAUUCCCAAUGUCGGAAGACUUCUUGCAUAUUCGGAUAAUAAAGUACAUGCUAUUUUUUAUGACGGAAUGGUCCUGAACACAGUAUGGGAUUUCAGUUCUUACUGCGGAAAAUCGCAGGGACUUCAAGAUGUAAACUUAGGAUGGUUUAAACUGAUCUCUCCUGAGGGAGCACAAGAGCUUCUCCAGAUAGAUCAUCCUGGGCUUUAUGAAAGGUACAUCAGAACAGUGGUGGAAUGGUGCACAAGCUUGAACAAGGACAGAGCAGUCCAUAUGGCUACUCCGCAGCCUAUUCCUGAAGAAAACUGGUCCGCCGCCGCAGAACUUGAAAAAAUAAGAAGAUUCAACUUUUUAGUGGAGAACAGCAAUAUUCCAAAUAAUGUUUUGACAGCGAAAAAAUAUCCAUCCUCCAACACGGAUAGACAAAACAGCCCAAAAGAAAUCUUGUUACCCGAGAAGAUCAAUGAAAAAAACAUAUCUGAAACUUUGGAAAAAACAUCUAAAGUGAUCAAAGAUAUUGACUGUCUUCUAGCUUCCUCUGCCAAACGAAGUAUGGUUAAACACACAAGUAUUUAAUGUUGUCCCUCAUUUACUGGAUUUCAUUUUAAAACAAUAAAGCAAGCAGCCAUAGGCCAUAAAGAUUUGGUGUUCUGUGUCGCUAACUUUAAACAGCAAAUUCUAGCAGAUUGAGACUCUGCCAUUAAUU